AUGAGCGAUUUAGGUCUUCUCUCUUGCUGCUUAGGAAUUGAAGUGGAACAACAGAAGGGUCGAAUCUUGUUCAAACAACCAACUUUUGCCAAAAGAAUCUUGUCCCAGUUCGGAAUGGAUGACUGCAAUGCCACGAAGUACCCAAUGGAACCCAAGGCACAACUUCACAAAGACAUGGAAGGAGCACCAAUUGAUGCUACGGAGUACAGAAGCAUCGUUGGUUAUCUUAGAUACUUGUUGAACACAAUACCGGAUCUCUCAUAUGUUGUUGGGAUGGCGAGCAGGUAUAUGGAAAGGCCUACGGCCAUGCAUCACAAGGUGGUCAAGCAAAUACUUAGGUAUUUGAGAGGGACAAUUCACUUUGGGCUCACUUAUGUGAAAGGUCCCCGAGAAGUCGAUAUAUUUGGCUACUCCGACAGUGAUUAG